CCAGAUCAAACAGGAGCCCGUGGACUUCCACCCAGGUUCCGUGUACGACCUCCCAGUGCCACCCAUCCAGCCACCACCACCUGCCAAACCAAAGAGGACCAGGAAGAGAAAAGCUGAUGUGGCGGGGAAUGGGGACCAUGGCGGGAAACCACCGGCCAAGACGAAGGUGAAACAAGAGAAGCUUACCGGUCCGGACGGUAUGCCGGUCAAGAAGAAGCGAGACCGGUUUAACGGCAUGCCGGAGGAGGAGGUGAUAGCGCGCGGAUUACCGGAUCAUCUGGCUCCUAAUCUCGACAUCGUCAUCGUUGGUAUCAACCCAGGCCUGAUGGCGGCGUAUGUGGGCCAUCAUUAUGCUGGGCCAGGAAAUCAUUUCUGGAAAUGUUUGUAUCUCUCUGGCCUGAUCCCUGAACCCAUGACGGCGUAUGACGAUUAUAAACUGAUGAAAUGUGGCAUCGGAUUUACGAACAUUGUGGCCAGGACGACCAAGGGUAGUGCGGACUUGACGAGAAAAGAGAUCAAGGAGGGUGGAGAAAUACUCAUUGAGAAACUACGCGAAUAUAAACCAAAAAUAGCUGUUUUCAAUGGAAAAGGCAUUUAUGAAGUUUUCUGUGGCCACAAGAACUUCUAUAUCGGCAAGCAACCAGAACCACUUCCAGGCACUGAUAUAGUUGUGUACGUUAUGCCUUCCUCCAGCGCCCGAUGCUCACAGUUGCCUCGCGCCGUCGACAAGGUGCCUUUCUACGCGUCUUUGAAGAAGCUCAGGGACUACCUCCGCGGCGAUGUGGACACCCUCGACGAAUCCGAAGUCUGCUUCCCCGACCUUGAACUCAAGGUCAAGGUCAAAGCGGAGAAACAGGAACCAGUCGAUAACGGUGACAAUGCUACUCAGAACAAUCAGUCAGUGCCUCAUGGGAACUUUAAUAACAUGCCGAUGGUAAAAGCGGAGUCUGGAUACGACCAACAGUGUUUCGGUAUGAUGCCACAACAUCAUCCGAAUAAUGCUCAUCAUAUGGGAAUGCCACCUCAGAACUAUCAAUUCCCGCCACAACAGAAUCAUUUCGGUCAGCAGGGUCAACAUUGUAUGCCUGGCGGGAAAGAUGGUGGACCGUCGUGUACGGAGCUUAUGCCCAUGCGGCCAAUCAAACAGGAGCCUGGACAGAAUUACUGUAAUCAAACUGUACGCUCUGUGAUGAGUUCGGAAGGGAGUUUCCCGUCUGUUACGAGUCCACUGUUGUAUCAAAUGGCCAACAUGGCGCCACCAUAUCCUUACAACUUCGACCAGAACCCACCGCCGUUCUCCCAGGCGCCGAGCAACGCAUCGAACACAUAUCCUUCCUCAAGUCAGUCUUGCCAACCGCAGAAUUCAGCCUUCCUGACAUUCGGGCAGAAUUCGUCACAAGAUGGACAUUAUCCCGGCAUGCCUGUGGCUCCUGCUGCAGUCCCUGGCCCACCUCAGCCUAACCAAGGAUACAAUCAUAGCUCCCCCUCCAACGAGAUGGGUCAGGCGUUCGUCAAUCUCAAUCAGAAUUAUCACCCACCGCAAGGAAGUCCUCAGAGUUCGGGUUACAAUGCUACCCCACCUCCCCCACAGGGUAGUCCUAAUGCGAAUAGCAUGGGUCACAGCCCGAACAGAGGUCGUAGCCCGGGACCUGGCGGAUACAUGCAGAAUAACAUGUAUACUUCGGGCCAGGCGUCUAAUCCCAAUGGCUUACAAAAUGCUGCGGAAAACGUCGGUCACAGCCCUCGAUCUCAGAGCCCACGAUACAUAGGGAGCCCGGCUAAUAGCGGUAACGCUGCUAUGGGCGCGGGAAGCUACCCGCCGUGUUAGCUGUCUAGACGUAGGAGGUGUUGUCAAACAUUCCUCGAUGUCGUCUCGACCAUUGGUCAUCGCAUGGUGAAAAUGCGAGUUUGACUUUGACUAUCCAGGUGAAAUGUGGCUUUAGAAUUUUAGGGAAAAUGUGGAGUUAGUCAUUGAAUUGGGAGUGUAACCAGCAGUAUUCAUCUGGCCUAUCACCCCAUACAUCCUUAUGAGCACUGAGCCUACAUGUAAGGAUAGUAUUUCAUAUUUACCAGGUUCUCUCCAGGCAUGUAAAAUUGGUCUGCUUGAUUGUUUAAGCACUGCUUGGACACUGCAAGCAACUGAGGGGAGUUUAUAAAUAGAAUUUCUAAUCAAGUAGAGAGUUCUGCUAAUUGCAGAUUUGCAGGUAUAGUUCAGAUGUAUACUGCCACUCAUUAACUGCUGGUGUAACUUGUAACGAGUUUUGUGAUUGGACGUUGUGAGAUGAUUUCUAUUGAUUGCUAGUCAGUGUUUGGCCGUGACCAAUCACAGCACUUGUUACAUUUAUUCAAAUUAAGAAAGAUAAUGCUACUUCUUCUCUCAGCCGCUUGGUUUUUGACACCUGGAUGGCCAAAAUUUCAUGAUAUGGUACAUGAAUGUUGUUAUGGACCCUCAUGAUGAGUUGUAAUUCAACUUCCACUUGUUUUCACCAAAGUUGUUAGCUGCAGUCUGGGGCACACAUCUAGCGAUACAGAAUCUCAGGGUGCUUUUUCUUAAGCGAACUUUUGAAAUAGUGCCAGAUGAAUUUGGUCUCUUCUUACUUGACGAUAUACUGAGCAUGAGCCUGUACUGAGUCUGAGCCAGUACUGAGCAUGAGCCAGUACCAAGCAUGAGCCGGUACUGAGCAUGAGCCAGUAUCAAGCAUGAGCUAGUACAGAGCAUUAGCCGGUACUGAGCCUGAGCCAGUAUCAAGCAUGAGCUAGUACAGAGCAUGAGCCGGUACUGAGCCUGAGCCAGUAUUGAGCAUGAGCUAGUACAGAGCAUGAGCCGGUACUGAGCAUGAGCCAGUAUCGAGCAUGAGCUAGUACAGAGCAUGAGCCGGUACUGAGCAUGAGCCAGUAUCGAGCAUGAGCUAGUACAGGGCAUGAACCGGUACUGAGCAUGAGCUAGUAUUGAAAAAGGCCGGUAAUGAGCAUUUUUUUGCUGGGAACUUUUAUAUUGCUUUGAAUUUCUGAAAAAUUAGGAUGUCUGAUUUUUAUGAGCCUGGAUUUUCUACUGAAUUGCGGAAUUCCGUAGAGUAAAAAUAUUUGGAGAAAAUUUGUCGGAGUAAAAAAAUCAUGCAUCAGUUUGAAUGCUUCCUAUGCUGGGUGAUGAAUCCUGGCAGUUUUGAAAGUAUUAACUAAUAAUUAUUACUAAUUGGUGAUGGAUAAUCAACUUAACCGCGUGCCUUUUUGAUGUCGGAGAAAAUGCCGACAAAAUUUGAGCUUCUGAGGCUUGUAUUCAUUGAUUUUUUUGUCAGUUGUUCGAUGGAAUUUUUCACUGCAAGUUUGGAAACUGAACUUCUGUUUUAAGGGAAUCUACAGUACUGUCUGUCGCGUAUUCAGGUACCUCUCUCUAUGGACCUAGGUGGUUGAUUGUGUACCUGUACCAGUACUGUUUGGAAUUGUACUGUAACCCCGAAAUAUUUGCGUGCCUUUUAAUUUCGCGUUUAAAGAUAAUUGCAAAAUCUAAACCAUGAAAAAAACAUCUCAUUGGAAUUAUGGUUACAGGAUUGUCAAAGCGCUCAAUUAAGUACAUGUACGCAAAAUUUGCAAUUUGACAAAACCACAAAAUAAAUGACAAAGAAUAUUUCUGGGUUAACAGUAUUCUGCUCGGGCGCUGCGAUGAGAAUUCAUUUGUCGAAAAGUAGCGUCCUUGGUAUUUAGUUGUUGUGUGUUUCCGGGUCGAACAGUGAUUCUGUGUCGUGUCCGUUCAUUUUAGAUGACAUGCUAGAAUUUUAUAUAACUGUUGUACGAUCUUAUACAUAAUUAUUAUACAUAGCGCGGUCAGAAUGUUUAGUCUCCAAGUUUUACAGCAGUUGUAAAUAUUUCUUCUUUCGAUUUUAUUUAUUGGUGAACUUUGACGCAGGAAUGUCUAAUUUUUUGGCGCAUCUGUGUUUUGCAUGACCUACCACUUUUUUGUUGGGAAAUGUGUCAAAAAUCCAAUAAUUUGAGAGGAGGUUCUACAACAGUCUAGCUAAGGGUGCUAUCUUUUACAGGUUUUCACUUUGAAACCUUGAAAAAGCAAUACAUUCGUGUAACAACACAUCAUGAAUGCCACAGCUUCUUUUCUGUGGCCGUUAGUUUAACGCGUGAUAUUUGCAAGCGCUUUUGGUUGCAGAAAUGUUAUCAUGAAAUGCACAGGGUUGAUGUAAACUUUAUGAUUGAUUUUUUUAUCUGAGGCUACUUCUACUGCUUUGGAAUAGAUCUCAUAAAAAAAUAACUUGAGAGGCAGAAAAACGGCCUACUGGUGCAUUUUCUCGCCAGGUUUGACCCAAAAAAAACCAAAUCGACUGAAACUUUAAAUUCUGAGCUCAGUGUUGAACUCUUUUUUUUCUCCAAAUUUGCUGAAAAGCCAAUCAAAUGUUCUUCUUCUUUUUGAGAUGCGUGCUAGACACUCAGUCCGUUUUUGGUAAUGAAGUCAGCUGUCCUAGAGAGUUCCACCACAGAGCCCAAGAGCUUUGUGGUCAGGGUGGUGUACUUCGGCCAGUCUUCCUCUCUAUUCCUCGUAAGGGAGAAGGUCUGAAGCCACAGAGCCCAAGAGCCUUGUGGUCAGUGUGGUGUCCUUUUGCCAGUAUUCCUCUCUAUUCUUCAUUGGGGAACAGGUCUGGCGCGCAUGAGCUAAAGUCUGAUCUCCAACUCCACAUGAUUCUGUCUGUCAUGCUAUGAGUUUCCCCUACUAUCAUGCAAAAGGCAGCAUCAUGAACCAUUCAAGGUUCCCACAGAAUCCUCACAACGUCACGAUGGCCACGUGGAGCACCGAUUUUGCCGUAUGGUGUGAUCUUGGGGCAGUUCUCAUUUCGACUGUCACUAGGAACCUAAGUUGAUUUAGUAGUAUGUGAUUAUUUUAACAUGUUUUAUUCAUUUUGUUAGUCAUGUGCGUUAUAUGCGUUAUAUUUAGCAUUUUGCGAAUUAUGUAUACACUCUUAUUUUGCUCAGGACGAAGUAUGCGUUUUGUUUCGAGUGUGGAUCCUGUCUUUGUGAAUUGGUUGUGUUUUGUUUUGCUCUGUUUGGCACCUCUCCACUGCCAAUUUGUUUACUAUUAGAUUAAUUAGCAUAUUAAUGAACUAAUUCACAUUAUUUAUGAUAAUUAGUGGAUGUACUAAGUGUAUUGAUAUUGCAGUAAAUAUGUCUUGUAUAUUCUGGCAUUUGAAGAAAACAUUGGAAAGAUUUUUAUUUUGAUAGUUCUUUUUCAAUGAGAAGUAUUGGGCAUGUUGUAAUGUAUUCUUGGAUUGACAACACUGGACUCUUCGACAAAUCAUUUGUCAGUACACUGCACUGCGUAUAGUUUUCAGCGCUGUGCUGUACGACCAAUUUAGGGGGAUAGGGGGGGGGGGGGUUACAUGGUAUACAUUGACCACUGCAUUAGGUAAGCAGAAUAUUUCUCUAAUCGCAUGCACCUGUACUCAGUUCGGACCAAAGUGACUGAACCCUUGGUUUUAAGGUCAUGAAGUGGAUGGUCCAGCAAAAUGACAAAUAUGAUUUGUAUGACUAUGAUUCGGAGGUCAUGAUUCUAAGGUCAUUAUAAAGUGGAUGGUCCAGCAAAAUGUAUGACCAUGAUUUAGAGGUCAUGAUUCUAAGGUCAUUAUGAAGUGGAUGACCUAGCAAAACAAUAGAAAUUUAUUGUUGGACCAUGAUUCUAAGGUCGUAAAGUGGAUGGCCCAGCAAAAUGUAUUGUUUGACCAUGAGUAAAGACAUCUAUGUGCAGUUCUCUUGAACCUUUAAUAGGAAAUGCAUGUAUAGAAAGAAAAAUGUAGUGAAAAACUCCCAGAAAUAAAAAUCUGCAUUUUGUAAUGUG